GGAGCUGGGAAUGCCACCGGGCGUUGCUUUUCUCACUUAGCCCCGGUUCGGUUCCCUUGGCCCGGAAAGCCCGGCUUCAGGCUCGAGGUCCCGGGGAACCCGGAGAAGCAGUGCGCUGCAGCGGCUCCGUGGCGGGGACGGGCUGCGGAAAGCCGCCAGGCCUUCCUGGUAGCAGAGAGCUGAAGUGAUGAGAAGACACCAUGGACGCCCAGUCACACAGCUCCACGACCACUGAGAAGAAAAAAGUUGAGAACUCCAUAGUGAAGUGCUCCUCUCGGACAGAUGUCAGUGAGAAAGCCGUGGCCUCAAGCACUACUUCUAAUGAGGAUGAAAGUCCUGGGCAGACCUAUCACAGAGAGAGAAGGAACGCAGUCACUAUGCAGCCACAAAGUGUCCCAGGGCUCAGCAAGAUCAGCGAGGAGCCUUCAACAUCUAGUGAUGAGCGGGCCUCAUUGAUCAAGAAGGAGAUCCAUGGGUCCCUGCCACACCUGGCAGAGCCAGCCCUGCCAUACAGAGGGGCGGUCUUCACCAUGGACCCCAGGAACGGUUACAUGGAGCCCCACUACCACCCUCCUCACCUUUUCCCUGCAUUCCAUCCUCCUGUACCAAUCGAUGCAAGACAUCAUGAGGGGCGUUACCAUUAUGAUCCGUCUCCAAUUCCUCCGCUGCAUGUGCCUUCUGCCUUAUCCACUAGCCCAACGUAUACAGACCUUCCCUUCAUUCGGAUCUCCCCGCACCGAAACCCCGCUGCAGCCUCCGAGUCCCCCUUCAGCCCACCGCACCCCUACAUCAACCCCUACAUGGACUACAUCCGGUCCCUGCACGGCAGCCCGUCCCUCUCUGUGAUCUCCGCGGCCCGGGGCCUGAGCCCCACUGACGCCUCCCAUGCUGGAGUGAGCCCAGCUGAGUACUACCAUCAGAUGGCCCUGCUGGCCGGCCAGCGCAGCCCCUACGCAGACCUCAUCCCCUCACCUGCCACCGCCGGCGCCGGGGCCAUCCACAUGGAGUACCUGCAUGCUGUGGAGAGCACCAGAUUGCCCAGCCCCCGGCUGGCAGCCAGGCCGAGCCGAAAGCGCACACUAUCCAUAUCACCACUGUCCGACCAUAGCUUUGACCUGCAGACCAUGAUACGGACGUCUCCCAACUCCUUGGUCACGAUUCUUAAUAAUUCCCGUAGCAGCUCUUCAGCAAGUGGCUCGUACGGUCACUUGUCUGCAAGUGCAAUCAGCCCGGCCCUGAGCUUCACCUACCCUCCCGCGCCCGUGUCCCUGCACAUGCACCAGCAGCUCCUGAGCCGCCAGCAGGGCCUGGGCUCCGCCUUUGGACACAGCCCUCCGCUCCUGCACCCGGCCCCGACCUUCCCGGCCCAGAGGCCCGUGCCCGGGAUCCCUGCAGUUCGGAACCCCGUGCAGGUCAGCUCUGGCCCGUCGGAGGCUUCGCAGAACAAGCCAACGAGCGAGUCGGCAGUGAGCAGCAGUGCAGACCUGACGCACAGCAAGCGGUCCAAGAUCAAAGCUGAUGAAGACCUCCCCAGCCCAGGGUCUCGUGGCCAGCAGGAACAGCCCGAAGGAACCACCCUGGUAAAGGAGGAAGGGGACAGAGAUGAGAGCAAGCAGGAGCCUGACGUCAUCUAUGAGACCAACUGCCAGUGGGAGGGCUGCUCUCGGGAGUUUGACACACAGGAGCAGCUGGUGCACCAUAUAAAUAACGACCAUAUCCACGGAGAGAAAAAGGAGUUCGUGUGCCGGUGGCUGGAGUGCUCGAGAGAGCAGAAGCCCUUCAAAGCGCAGUACAUGCUGGUGGUGCAUAUGCGGAGACACACGGGGGAGAAGCCCCACAAAUGCACUUUUGAAGGUUGCACAAAGGCCUACUCGAGACUAGAAAACUUGAAAACGCACUUGAGAUCCCACACUGGAGAGAAACCAUAUGUCUGUGAGCAUGAAGGCUGCAACAAGGCUUUCUCUAAUGCCUCGGAUCGUGCCAAGCACCAGAACAGAACACAUUCGAACGAGAAGCCGUAUGUGUGCAAGAUCCCAGGCUGCACCAAGCGCUACACAGACCCGAGCUCCCUCCGCAAACACGUGAAGACGGUGCAUGGCCCCGAGGCUCAUGUCACCAAGAAGCAGCGUGGAGACAUCCAUCCUCGGCCCCCGCCACCACGAGAUCCCGGCAGCCACUCACAGUCCAGGUCUCCUGGCCGGCAGACUCAGGGAACCCUUGGGGAGAAGGACCUCAGCAACACUACCUCAAAGCGGGAAGAAUGCCUGCAGGUGAAAGCUGUCAAGGCGGAGAAGCCAAUGACAUCUCAGCCGAGCCCUGGUGCUCAGUCUUCAUGCAGCAGCCAACAGUCCCCCAUCAGCAACUAUCCCAACAGUGGGCUCGAGCUUCCUCUGACCGAGGAGGGCGGGGUGGGAGACCUCGGCGCCCUGGACGACAGCCCAAUCAUGGACUCGACCAUUUCCACGGCGACCGCGGCCCUCGCCCUGCAGGCCAGGAGAAACCCGGCCGGGACCAAGUGGAUGGAGCACGUCAAACUAGACAGACUUAAACAAGUGAAUGGAAUACUUCCACGACUGAACCCCGUCCCCCCCCCAAGAGCCCCUGCGGUCACUCCUCUCAUCGGAAGUGGCCCCCUUCCAGGAGGCGGCUGCAGCGCGCUGCCUGGCGUGGACAUGACGGCGCUGGGCGCGGGCAGCCGCCGGGACAGCAGCGGCAGCACGGCCAGCUCGGCCUACCUGAGCAGCCGCCGCUCCUCGGGCAUCUCGCCCUGCUUCUCCAGCCGCAGGUCCAGUGCCGCGUCCCCGGCUGGGCGACCCCGCGCCAGCGCCGCCGACUCCUACGACCCCAUCUCCACGGACGCAUCGCGCAGGUCCAGUGCAGCCAGCCAGGGGGACGCGCCGGCCGGACCGCUCGGCCUCACGCCUGCGCAGCGCUACCGCCUCCGGGCCAGCUACGCUGCAGCCACUGGCGGGCCCCCGCCCACGCCGCUGCCUCCGCUGGCCCGCCUGAGCCUGCUGGACCGCGGCCCCGCGCCUCCCGCGCCCCCAGCGCGCCGCCGCAGCGACGGCGGCCACGGCCCAGCCCGACGCCCCGUGCGCCCCGCCAGGAGGGCCAGCGACCCAGCGCGCGGCCCCCUGGACCCCGCGCUGCCCCGCCCCGGGCCCCUGGACCCCGCGCUGUCCUUCCCCGGGCCCCUGGACACCGGCAUGCUGCCCCGCCCUGGGCCUCUGGACACCGGCCUGCUGCCUCGACCCGGGCCACUGGACACCGGCCUGCUGCCCCGACCCGGGCCCCUGGACCCUGCGCUGUCCUGUCCCGGGCCCCUGGAUCCUGGCCUGCUGCCCCGACCUGGGCCCGCAGACACUGGUCCUGCGGACGCCGACCUGCUACCAGACGACGUGCUGCACUUCCUGCACGCCCAGGGCCUGGCUGCUGGCAAGCCCGAGCUGCCCAUCCAGUGGAAUGAGGUCAGCUCAGGCAGCGCCGACCUGGCCGCCGCCGAGCCCCAGUGCAGCCCCAGCAGCGUACCCGUGCAAAUGCCCGGCCAGGCCCCCGCUGGCCGCCCACUCGGAGCCCCGCUGAACAGCACCCUGAUGCCACCCACUGCCCCGGUACACGGGUACGAGGGGGCCCUGCAGCAGGGUGUGGGCCGGGCCGGGCCCCCGGGGCUCGGGCAGAUCGCUGCCACCUCCCUCACUGGCACCUACCCAGGCCCAGACGGUGGCCUGCCCGGCCUGGCCAGUGUGAGCAGCCAUCUCUCGGGCUGGGCCGCAUCCAGGGCCUACCAGCCGUGUGUGGGCUACGGAAGCAGCUGGCGGCAGACCGGGCCCAGGGCUGGCCUGUCCCUUGGCGACCCUGGUCAGCCCUGCAGGGUGAGCAGCAUGAAGACGGAGGCGCCAGCAGCAGCCCUGCCGCGCUGCCCGGGCCUGCAGGGCUACUCUGGGCAGUUCUACGGCCAGGCCGAGGGCUUCUGUGAACAGGACACGAAGGCUGCUUCCUUCUGCGUCUCGGAAACCAGCUGCCUGCUAGAGGGGAGCAGCUCUGAGAGCGCCGAGCUGCUGUCCCCGGGUGCUAACCAGGUGACCAGCACCGUUGACGGCCUGGACAGCCACGACCUGGAAGGGGUGCAGAUCGACUUUGAGGCCAUCAUCGACGACGGGGACCAUGCCAGCCUGAUGUCGGGAGCCCUGAGCCCGAGUCUCAUUCAGAACCGCCCGCACAGCUCCUCCCGCCUCACCACGCCCCGCCUGGCCCUGCCACUGCCCGCACUGGCCGUGAGUGCCACCAACAUGGCCAUCGGGGACAUGAGCUCUCUGCUGACCUCCCUGGCGGAAGAAAGCAAAUUCCUUGCAGUGAUGCAGUAGGCGGCGGGGGCAGAGGACUGCUGAGCGGCAGCCAAGGGAGAUGGGGAGAUGGGGACGGACUCAGAGGUUUGGGUAUCCGUCUCUGUGUAAUUUAGCAAUCUCAUCUCACCUACCUGGGAUGUGUUUCAAGUAUAUUCCUUUUAUGGAAAAGGACUCUGAAAAACCCUAAAGUAUUCUAGGGAGAAACUGUCUUCCAUUUCAUUUGAAUCAGUAUUGCUAACUGAAAUACCCUCUGCUUUGGACACCCUGAGUCUGCCCCCUGUUUUCGAGCCCUUUGUCCUCAGGAGGGCUGAGUGGACAGAGCGGCCCCUCCUUUUCUUGAAGGAAGCACGAGUUGGUGUGCUGGUGACCCGGGGGUCGCUCUUACAACUCCUAGAUGUUCAUUCACAAAGGCCCGGCAUGCUUUGCUCUUUUGAGUUUUUGUUUCUUUUAACUCCCAAAUGGGGCAUGAGAACCAGACUAUGGAUAAGUGGGUUAUGAUUAAGUCUCCUGUGGGUGCACAGAGCCUGGCCCAGAUGUUGGUGUUGACACACUGACCCCUGAUCCCCACACCCUAUUUAGUUCAGGCCCCCUCCCAUGGCUGCACACAGCUGGAAACUAAGGACUCUUGCAAAUGAAAAGGCUCACUCACAGCUGGGGCUCACCCAUCUUUCUGUCCAUCACCAGCUGGGGAUGGCCAUGCCUCUCUGGUUAGUUCUGUUAUCUCCCAACCUCCCGUGGUCAGCCCCGGCACUCAGAUGACAUUCUCUCAUCCAUUCUCAAGGAGGUGCUUAGACUGUAGGUCGCAGCAUUGGGUAGCAGUAGUCUUGGGGAUAUAUGUGAGCUUCUAUAUUUGUUGAUUAGUUCUAUCUCUUUCCCCAUUAUCCUAGGUAACUGAAAAUUGAUUAUAUAUAGUUCGAAGUAUAUGAGUAUUUAAACAAUCCCACAGGCAACCAUGUCAUUUACCUCUAUUAAUUCUACUAUAGUGAAGGAGUACUUUUAUUCUAAGCACCCUAUUUUCAGGGAUUUAUAAAACUUAGUUAUAAAAGGGAAUGCUCACAUCCAUUUGAAAUAAAUUGCUUUUGCCACUCCCAGUAUUUAAACAUGUGAGACGGUGCUUGCUAGCUUUGUGAAUGCCUUCUUGGGUUUUUACAUUCUAACCAUUCACUGCUGCCUCAGUUAAAUAAUUUUAUGCUCUGUGCAGUUAGUCCUUAACGUGGACUAACAUCUGUACUUUUGUUUUGAAUUAAAACAUUUGCAGAUUUUAAAAGUGCAGCUACUUCUCAUGUGCAGUUGCUAGACAAGAAAGACAUACUACAUGUGCACAGAGUUAUGGAUCACCCAACAUUUUAUACUUAAAGAUAGUCAUUCUAUUAAAAUAUUAACAUGUCAGACUUUCUGCUAUACUCUGUUCCCUUGGCCCUGGAGUUGGAUUUAUCCAAAAUGAUUUAUGAGCAAUCAUGUGGCUUCCCUACUUCACCCCACCCCCUAACAUUAUCUCUGCCACUUAUUAGAAAGAUACAGUUAGGUAAAGUAAAAUACUAGGAAAUAGCAAUGCUGUUGGGAUCAGCCCAUUGUUCUAUGUCCAUAUUAUUUCAUUUGGACCAAGAGCCUCAGCAUUGAUGUAAAUUGGUCCUUUGGGACCUUGAGGUAAAGACAGUUGGGUUUGCUUUCAGGUUGAUGGGUCAUCAGAGGAAUGCUGAGAUGCUCCUUCCCCAUCCCCAGCAUCCCCACUGUUCCCAACCACCACAAACACACACACACACACACGCACACACACACACACACACACACAGAGCAGCUUCUUUUCAAUCCACAUUUCCCCUUGGGUGGCACUUUCCCUCUCCCCAGAGGCCACUGGAACCAUCCAAGAGAGUAACAAUAGCCUUGGAUGGGACUGGGGCACUUUCUGUUUGUUUCCUUAAAGACGGUAGAUUUCCAGUUUUCUGAAUGGGCAGUUAACCAAAUAAGUGUGGGAACCUCUUCUUUAUAUCAAAAGGUUCACUCGCUUUGUAACAGCCCCCAAAGCCAAAAACACUUGCUGAGAUGUGCUUAGCAGGGUCAAUCUACCAUUUUCCAGCUUAAAAAAAAAGUUAGUUUUUUUCUGUUUCCCAAAUAAGUGGGCCAGUUUUGAAAAAAACCCAUGACCAUUCCCCGAAACUCAUUUUCCUCACAAAUCUGCAAGUCUCCCUAUCCUGUUCUCCCAGGUGUGCUCUUGUGGUUCGGCACAGUCAUACCUGCCUCUCUGGCAGGCUCCUUUCCUGGGAGAAGCCAUUUGGGACCUGGCCCCCAUGUCCUUCAUGGGAGAAUGAAUGGUGGUCUGGACCCGCACACGGUCGUCUUGUACCCUGCCUUUUUCUUUGGUUUCAGGCAAUGCUUGAGGUCGCCGCCUUUUUCUGCUCUUUCUUUAUGCAUUAUAGUUUUGUUACUACUACCUUUUGAUUUGCAAGAGACACUUCAGCUUCAUGCUUAGCAUCUUCUCUGCAAAUCUUAGAAGGUUGGAGAAGAGGAGAAAAGAAAGAAGAAAGUAGGGACUGGAGCCAUAGUAUAUCAGGUAGAGUGCUUGCCUUCCACGCCUCUGAUCAGGGUUCAAUCCCCAGUGCCCCAUACAGUCCCACGAGCCCCUUCAGGAGUGAUCUCUCAGAGUAGAGCCCGGAGUAACUCCUGAGCACAGUUGGUUUGCCCCCCUCCAAAAGAGAGAAGAACAUGUAUUCUUUUGGGGGUUCAGUGAUCUGUCUUUGAGGAGACUGAGCAGUGUGCUGUCCGAAUAUGGAACUCUAUGGAUGUCACACCUCCUAUUCCCUGUCUCCACCUUCCCCUGCUCCUCUGACUUUGCAGUUAGGGGAAAGUGUGCUAAGUGUCACAGCCUCCCUUGUAAAUGAGGAUUCAUACAUGGUACGUCUGUUUCAGAUCUGUGUUAUGGUACUUUCGUUUUAAGAUCUGUGUUAAAAGUGUUUUUGUCGAACCAUUUUGUUUCUUUUCUAAAGAACGAUCUAGACUGCCCCAGCGCCUCACACGUUGGCUCACCCUCUUGAGCUACUGAGUUUUGCUUCCGGAGAUGUAUGUGCCUUAUUUUAUGUUACUCUUGUGGAUACAAGGGCCACUUGGUGUGUCCGGUCUGAGCUUGAGGCUGCGCUCACUGGCCCGGCCAUUGUUGGGAGCGAGUCUAAGCUUGCUGUCCUGUGGCCAGGCGUCCUGUGUUCUGACCUGGCAGAACGAUGUCUUCUGACACUUACUGUUGCGUAUCAUGCUGACAUGUAAGAUAAAAACAACUUUGUUUUUUCCCACCUUUUUUAGAAUUUUAAAAAUAAAAUGUGUAAUCCUUUUUUUAAAGAUAUACAUGUAAAUACAUUUACGUAUCGUAGGCCUAGUGUCCGGACGCGGCAGGCCCUGGGCCUUCCUCCAUCAGCCAGUCAGGGCUGCUGCCAGCACCCACGUAAAGCCCAGGGUUGCUGUCCCACCACCAGUGGGCUCAACUCUUGCUUUCAGAACCACUUAGUCCUUUUGUAACAAAGAGAAAAAAACAUGUUUCUUACUAUGUCAAUUAAAA